AGGCAACCAAAGAAACCUGGUAAAAUGGAGUUCAGGAAUUCAACUUUAGGAAGUGGCUUCAUCUUGGUAGGAAUCCUGAAUGGCAGUGACUCUCCUGAACUACUCUGUGCCACAAUUACAUUCCUGUACACACUGGCACUGACCAGCAAUGGACUGCUGCUCCUUGUCAUCACAGUAGAUACCCGGCUCCACGUGCCCAUGUACCUUCUACUUGGGCAGCUCUCUCUCAUUGAUCUCCUCCUGACAUCAGUCAUUACUCCCAAAGCUGUCAUGGAUUUUCUUCUGAGAGACAACACUAUCUCCUUUGGAGGCUGUGCCCUUCAGAUGUUCAUUGAAUUGGUACUGGGUGGUGCAGAGGACCUUCUUCUGGCUUUUAUGGCCUAUGACAGGUAUGUGGCCAUUUGUCAUCCUCUGAACUACAUGAUCCUCAUGAGUCCAAGAGUCUGCUGGCUCAUGGUGACUGCAUCAUGGAUCCUGUCAAUCCAGAUGGCCCUGGGAUUUACCAUCAACACAAUGCAUUAUUCUUUCUGCAAAUCGAGGCAUAUCAGACACCUCUUCUGUGAGAUCCCUCCCUUGCUGGAUUUGGCCUGUGCAGACACCUCUAGUUAUAAGCUUGUGGUUUAUUUGGUAGGUGUGUUCAUGUUAAUUCUCCCUCUUACUGCCAUCUUUUUCUCUUAUGCACGGAUUUUGUUCACUGUUCUCCACAUGCCUUCAAAUGAGAGCAGGAAGAAAGCCCUUGUUACCUGUUCUUCCCAUAUGACUGUUGUAGGCAUGUACUAUGGGGCUCUCACAGUCAUGUAUUUCCUACCAAGUUCCUACCACAAUCCCAAGCAAGACAAUAUCCUUUCUGUUUUCUACACAAUUGUCACCCCAGCUCUAAACCCACUCAUCCACAGCCUGAGGAAUAAGGAAGUGACUGGGGCUCUGAGGAAAGUCCUGGGAAAUACUUGUUGCCACCACCCCAUACAUUUAAGGUAGUCCCAGAAUCUUUCUUCUAAAUUUAAUUAGUCCUCCUGAUCAGAAGACUUCUGCUCUGAAAUACUCUUGAAAAA